GCCACCGGACAGGCCAGUCCGCGGGGCGACGCGAGCGUCCUCCUUCUGUCCCUGGGCAGCGAGCGCUCUGCCGGCCCGCACGGAGUGCGCCGCGGCCGGAGGGAGAGCGCACGGAGCGCGAGCCGCUCAGAGGCUGGGCAGUCCACCCGAACCGCGCCGAACCUCCGGACAAUGGGGCCGCGGCGGCUGCUGCUCGUGGCCGCCGGACUCAGUCUGUGCAGCCCCCUGCUGUCGGCCCGCACUCGAGGCCGCAAGCCCGAGUCAAAAGCAACCAAUGCUACUGUGGAUCCCCGGUCAUUUUUACUCUGGAAGACUGGAACAUUUGAACCAUUCCCACAGCAUGAUGAUGAGGAGAAAAACAGGAGCAGGUUCCCUGAAGACAGACUAAGCCCCAUCAAUAUAAGUCAUCCUCUUCGAAAACUGCACCCUGUGUUUAUCUCAGAAGAUGCCUCAGGGUAUCUUACCAGCACCUGGAUGACACUUUUUAUCCCCUCUGUCUACACUGGCGUGUUUGUCAUAAGCCUUCCUCUGAAUAUCAUGGCCAUUGUUGUGUUUAUCUUGAAGAUGAAGGUCAAGAAGCCCGCUGUGGUGUACAUGCUGCAUCUGGCCACGGCGGACGUGCUCUUCGUGUCAGUGCUCCCUUUCAAGAUCAGCUAUUACUUUUCCGGCAGCGAUUGGAGAUUUGGUUCUGAAAUGUGUCGCUUUGUCACCGCAGCCUUUUACUGUAACAUGUACGCCUCCAUCAUGCUCAUGACAGUCAUAAGCAUUGACCGGUUUUUGGCCGUGGUGUACCCCAUCCAGUCCCUCUCCUGGCGUACCCUGGGGAGGGCUUCCUUCACUUGUCUGGCCAUCUGGGCUCUGGCCAUUGCGGGGGUGGUGCCUCUCCUUGUCAAGGAGCAAACCGCCCAGGUGCCGGGGCUCAAUGUCACCACCUGCCAUGACGUGCUCAGUGUAACCCUCCUCAAAGGCUACUAUGUCUAUUACUUCUUAGCCUUCUCUGCUGUCUUCUUCUUUGUGCCCCUGAUCGUUUCCACCAUCUGUUACGUGUCUAUCAUUCGAUGCCUUAGCUCCUCCGCGGUCGCCAACCGGAACAAGAAGUCCCGGGCUUUGUUCCUUUCGCUUGCUGUUUUCUGCAUCUUCCUCCUCUGCUUUGGACCCACAAACGUCCUCCUGAUUCUGCAUUACUCCUUCAUUUCUCAGGAGUCCACGACAGAGGCUGCCUACUUUGCCUACCUCCUCUGUGUCUGUGUCAGCAGCAUCAGCUGUUGCAUUGAUCCUUUGAUUUACUAUUAUGCCUCUUCCGAGUGUCAGAGGUACCUCUGCAGCAUCUUAUGCUGCAGAGAAGGUUCUGAUCCCAGCAGCUACAACAGCAGCGGUCAGCUGAUGGCCAACAAAAUGGAUACGUGCUCGAGUCACCUGAAUAACAGCAUAUACAAAAAGCUCUUAACUUAGGGAAAGGGGCUGCUGAUGAGUUAAAAAGAAGAGCUUAAAAAAGCGAAUAGCCUGAGGGUUCUAUUAGUCCCCACCAAAAAAGUAUUUACGAUCAAAAACGACAAAUCUAUGAUUUGCAUGCCUCUUUCUUAUGAGAGCCAUUGAUCAUAUCUAUUUGUUAGUUAUAGGAAAAGAUAACAAACAUCGAAAACAGUAUCAUUCCAAGAGUGUAUCUCCAGUGCUACAAUAAUAACUGAAUGUCAUAUUCUGAUACACAUAGGUGACUUACUAUGUAUGUGCAUGUGUGCAUGUAUAGGUGUGUAUACACGUACUUGUAUCAUUUGCAGUGCAGUAUAGAAUAGGCACUUUGGAACACUCCCUUUUUUCCACCAGAGAUUAAGGAAAGAAACAUUCCGAUUGUGGAGUUUAACCCUGAGCAUCUGAAGAUGUUCGCCAAUAGGGAGGGAAUCUGUUGUUUGGACUUACACAGCUUUUGCAAAUAAAUGUAUUUUGAAAUUGUUCAA